AUGGCAUCAAAACGAAAAUUUAGUCCUCUCUGGAACCACUUUGACAGCACGGAGCCGAAGAAAGCUAAAUGCAACUAUUGCUCAAAGAUACUAACGUUAUCUUCCAGUUCAAUUGGGACCUUAAGUAGGCACAUGAAAAAAGUCCAUCCGACGGUAAAUAUCACACCGAAAAGGCUUGAGUCAAUAGACGAAAGCGAAGAAAAUUCCAACCAGAAUGCACCACCACAAGUUCUACAAUAUCAGUGGUGA